AUAUCUUGACUGGUAUUGGCUGGAUUUUGGCGGCCAAUGUAUAGGUGGCGGCCGAGUGUUCUGACUGCACUGUCCAAUGUUUGAAUGGGCAGUAGUGAAUGAGUAUUGAGGUAUUAGACUAGUUACACUUAUCUAUACAACACUUAUCAACCCUCAAAGCAAGAUGGAGUACACAGAGAGCUGUGGAGAUAUUUACAAAGAGGGUGAAGAACCAUCAAUUACACCGCUUACAGAUGUGUUUUCUUACGACGUUCAUGUACCGUUGUACAAAGACGAUGUUGUUUUGUACAAAGAAGGAAUGCCAUCUUUUCGGGAACUGCUUCCUGCACCCCCCUACAUGGAUCAGAAUAAUAUUUAUUUUGACGUGAUUCCAUCCCUUCCAUCAUUGACUCCUCUUUCUCCUAGCUCCACCUCCUCAUCCUCCUCCUCCUCCUCCUCCUCCUCCCUCCCCAACCUUCUGACACCUCCCUACAACGGAAAAGAAGAUAUUCUUACUUCUGCUUUCAACAUGACCCUCUUAAAUACUGAUGCAGAAAUGACAGUUGGUGAUAUGCAUGUACCGACUAUCAAUGGACAGUAUAGUUAUGGUUAUGAUGGUUAUGAUUAUAACUAUCCCAACUAUCCUGGAUAUCAAAUCAACUAUACCAGAAACCCAGACCUGGAGAAUGCAGUGUUUCUUGAACACAACGAGGAGAUGGGAGAAGGGCGGUACAGUACACCACCCGACAGUCGGUACGGUACACCUGACCAGCAGUACAGUACAGUGGAGGACAGGUACACGGCAUCACCCAACCAGUCCUACUCUGAUGGAGAGAGCAGGCACUCCGACUCAAUCUGGGCACAACAGUACGCACACAAUCCAUAUCCCAGGGAUGAUCUGAGUUUUUGCAUAACAGGGACCAGAGAGGAGUUCUGCCCUCAGGAAACAGGACAAGAACAGGAACAGUUUUUAUACAGGUUUCCUAACGGUUCAAGUUCUCCUAAAAAUCUACGAAUUGAUCCCAACCAACGUUGCUCCAACUGCAAUACCUCCGAAACAACGCUUUGGAGGCGAGGGGAUCAUGGGACCUAUGUCUGCAAUGCUUGUGGAUUAUACAAGAAAUUACAUAAGAUUGACCGACCUGUGGUAAUGAACAAGGACAAGGUUCAAAAAAGGAAAAGAAAAAAUCCUUCUCUUGGAAGACGACGAAGAUCUAAACAUACGUCGUCUUCGUUAAGAGAUAGUAGGAGCAGCAAACUGGAGGAGCAGCACCACUCGUCACACUCAUCUUUACAAUCGGAAAACUUUGGACUUAAACUAAACGGAAAGUUUAAUCCACGCGUAGAUUCAUUCAAGGACUUAAAGCUUAAACCAGCAGUUAAUCCCGUAGAGUCAAGCUCAGUCCAGUUCAAUCUAGUUGAGACAAGUUCUAGCCAGCAGUCCAUAGAUUCACAAGAUCAAGAUUUGACGGAGAAGUACGAACUCCCGUCCUUGCAAGGCUGGAGGUUACAACGAGAGGUUGCUAUGGAGGAAAAUUGGAGUAGGUUUGGAAGGAACGAGGGCUGGAGGGAAAAUGGAAAGGAUGAAUGGGGAAAUUUAAGGAGUGAUGGUUGGGAAAAUGACAUGGAUGAGAUGAGAUGUGAAAGCUGGGGAGAACUGGUUUCGCCACUAGAUGCGCAGAGCGGUGUGCGCAAGUACACGUGUAACCAAUGUCCAGACGCCAUCUUUAAUCUGCUGGAGGGACCAAAUAGUGUAAAAGAACAUGUUAAGCUCACUCACACAAAUAUAUAAUCCAUCAAUCCCUCCAGAUAUGGAUCCAUAGAACAUCAUUUGUGUCGCCUUGGUGCAAUUUACUUUUAUUUUAAUUGCGUUUCUAGCAAAAAUGCUUCUAGCAGUAAUAUCUGCAGCAAUGAAUCAAUAUUAAAUAUUUACCAAGCCAAAUCUAGUCUUUAAUCUACCAAUCUAUAAUUUAAUCAGGCUCCUCCGCUUUAAUCAAAUUAAUUCAAUUUUGUCAAAAAUUAUUAAUUUACUAUCGCGCAAAUCCAUUUUAUUCAA